GCUGAAGUCCGGUGCGCGUCAGCGUAGGUCCCCUGGGACGGGUCGGAAGACUUCGGCUACGUCCUCUCCCUGGGCUGCCGGCUUCCGCAACCGCCGAGAAGCGACCCCGCGCGGCGGCGACCGACAGAUUCAAGUGUUCCCAGCGGGAAACCGCUCCGGCUCUGCCAGCUGGGCCGGGCGGAGCUGCGCGGACCGCAGGGUGGCUCUGCCAGUCCCAGAGUGCCGGGUCGGCCGCACACGUGUCUUAGCGUCACGUCCGCGCGCGCCCCCGGGGCUUGCGUCAGCUGCCGCUCCUGAAGCGGGUGGGCCAGGGCUCUGCGCACCAGAACGCCGCCGGAGGAGGGCACCGCACGGCCGCGAGCCCCGAGAGCGCCGACCACUCCGGGCGCCUCCGAGAGGAUCGGCGCGGUCCGGUCCCCGCCCUCCCGGUGCCGGUCGGGUCCGCGCCGGGUCCCUGGGCUGGGCGCCGUGGCGUUGCCCCGGAGCCCGCCACCCGCGGGGCGCGCACCGCCUUAACCUGGGCGGCCCCGCGGCAGGCAGACGCCCGCAGGUCCAUGGUGGGCUCGGAGCGCGAUGAGCCGCCCGUCCUCCACCGGCCCCAGCGCUAACAAACCCUGCAGCAAGCAGCCGCCGCCGCCUCAGACCCCGCACGCCCCGUCCCCGGCUGCGCCCCCGGCUGCCGCCACCAUCUCGGCUACGGGCCCCGGCUCGUCCGCGGUGCCCGCCGCGGCAGCGGUGAUCUCAGGCCCCGGCGCCGGCGGCGGGGCCGGCCCGGUGUCCCCGCAGCACCACGAGCUGACCUCGCUCUUCGAGUGCCCGGUCUGCUUUGACUAUGUCCUGCCCCCCAUUCUGCAGUGCCAGGCCGGGCACCUGGUGUGUAACCAAUGCCGCCAGAAGUUGAGCUGCUGCCCGACGUGCAGGGGCGCCCUAACGCCCAGCAUCAGGAACCUGGCUAUGGAGAAGGUCGCCUCGGCAGUUCUGUUUCCCUGUAAGUAUGCUACCACGGGCUGUUCCCUGACUCUACACCAUACAGAGAAACCAGAGCAUGAAGACAUCUGUGAAUACCGUCCUUAUUCCUGCCCUUGUCCUGGUGCCUCCUGCAAGUGGCAGGGAUCCCUGGAAGCUGUGAUGUCCCAUCUCAUGCACGCUCACAAGAGUAUCACUACCCUUCAGGGAGAGGACAUAGUCUUCCUGGCUACAGACAUUAACCUGCCAGGGGCUGUGGACUGGGUGAUGAUGCAGUCCUGUUUUGGCCACCACUUUAUGCUGGUACUUGAGAAGCAAGAGAAGUACGAAGGUCACCAGCAGUUCUUUGCCAUCGUCCUCCUUAUCGGCACCCGAAAGCAAGCUGAGAACUUUGCCUACAGACUGGAGUUGAACGGGAACCGGAGGAGACUGACCUGGGAGGCCACACCCCGGUCCAUUCACGAUGGGGUAGCUGCAGCCAUCAUGAACAGUGACUGCCUUGUUUUUGACACAGCCAUAGCACAUCUCUUUGCAGAUAAUGGGAACCUUGGAAUCAAUGUCACGAUAUCUACAUGCUGUCAGUGAGGCUCCAGGAGGCUUUCCUAACCCUGGGAAGUUAUUUGGGCAUAGCGCUCUAUGUUUAAUAAAGUUUUUUUAAUAGAUGUUUUAUUCA